UGUAUACAUAAAAGUCUCUCUUUUAAAAUCCUAAUCCACUGAAAAAGAAAAAAUGUUAUCUUCUUCUUCUUCUUCUUCUUCUUCUUGCAAAGAAAUGGCCGUUACCGAGCCUGCCCAAGAGAGCCUAAAAUCUAAAUCCCCAACCUCAGUUCCCAAAUCUUUGUUGCUUUCUUCAGCAUUUUUUCAGAAGCCAUUUGCGCCUCCAUUUUUGAGGCCAACGAAGCCCAAUCUCGCUCCCGUGGUUCCUCAAAAUAUAAUUCGUGACCUUCACGAUUCAGUCGUUUCAACCGCCGAUAGUUUCUUCAAUUUCCUUAAACAAAAUCCAGCUUUCAAAAAUCUACUCUCCUUAUCCUCCGACUUCCAAAGCUUCUGCAAUGAGGUAACGACUUUCAGAAUCAAUUCCAGGAAGGUUAAGAAUUAUUCUCCGCUGACAAAUCACAAUUUUGCAGCGGUUUUACCUGGUGAUUCAGUGGCAGGGAUCGUCGUAGCCAAUGGAAUCCUUAAUUUCUUAAACAUUUACAACACGCUGUUAAUUGUAAGGCUGGUUUUGACUUGGUUCCCCAAUUCUCCUCCAGCCAUUGUUAGCCCCCUCAGUACUAUAUGUGAUCCGUACCUCAACAUUUUCCGCGGGAUAAUUCCACCGCUGGGAGGAACAUUGGAUCUCUCUCCAAUACUUGCAUUUCUGGUUCUAAACGCAUUUACUAGUACCGCCGCCGCACUUCCGGCGGAGCUUCCGAUGGCUGGACAACCUCCGAAAAGCGCUUCAUCUCCUUCUUUGUUCACUGAUUUAACCUCAUCGCAGAAGAAGUGGAUGAGACGGCUCAAUGGCAGCCGGUCCAAGAGCUCCAAUGGCGCCAGUUAAACACCUUUUUGUUUUAUUAGUCAUUUUUGUGUUUACUUUGUACCGGUUGAUCACUGGAAAUUCUUGUGCUAUGAAGGUAUCCAAUUUUAACCGCUAAAAUAAUUCUUUUAGGGGAUGAUUAGCAAAAAACAACUUCUAAUUUCAAAUGUAAGAACUCUAGCCAAAAGCUUUACUGUC